CUUCGGGACCAGGACGAGUGGAUUACAGCCACUGCCGGUGUAAGAAAUGUCAAGGAAUAUUCCAGGGCACGCAGAUUGAGAACAGGCCCCAACAGAAACACUGAGCUUUUAAACCUGCCACUGUUCAGCUGGAUCAGGUGGGAAGAACCUGUUUCGAAUUCCUAUCCAAGUGGACGAGGGAAUGGAUCGAGCUCGCUUGUGACAUCGUCGUUCCCUGACCGCAUCGAGCCAAAUCUCUGAAGGGUGGUUGGAAACGAAUCCAAAAACGAAGGCAACGAAGGUUGAUGGCUCGGAUACUCGCUCGCUUCGAUGGGUUUAAGGAAGGGAAUAAAAGGGUUUAGUGAAAACGGAGUAUCAGAAUAACAGGCCAUGUCCACAGCGUCGGUAUUCAUGUGACGAAUACAAUCUGUUCACGUAAAUUGAGAGAUUGUCUGGUCGGUCUUUGUCGAUCCAAUCUGCACGAUUCGGCAGCAUCUCGAGGUGUGAGGCCAUGAGCUCGGACUCGACGGUUGGCAGUUACUUGUGGAAUGCCUUCGGCGAGUGAAUUUGUCUAGGAUCGAGGUCGACCAUGGCGGCUCGAGUGAGUGGACCCAGUAAGCGAGGUCCUAUCGUGGCCUAUCGUGGGCAACCAGGUCGAGGAACGAAGAUGACAAAGUGUAUAACAGUGACAGAUCUCGAUUUGAGACUCCCGAUCUUCGUGGAUCUCAGUUUGACUCGACUCGACUCUCCUCCUAGAGACUUUACCCUUCACCGAUAUCGUGUCACAAAGUGCGUCUCCAAAAAUCGAGUCGAAAACUGCAACAUUUAAGAAUUACUGCUGCAGGUCUCCGAAAUUGUUGUCUCUUGCUAUUGUUCUCGAAGAGCCUCGUCUCGAGAUGAGUGGUUUCUGGUGUCCUGAUCCCAAAUUAGGGCAGCUGUGACCACCAGUCACGAUAGUGGCCG